CUCUCCCGGAGCCGCCUCUCCACAGUAGGUUUCUGAUUGGGUCCUCUCUUGGCUUGCUGGUCACCGUCGAUGAGAAAUCUGAAAUGCACCUUGUCAAUCCAUUCACUGGUCAACAGAUUGCUCUCCCUUCAGUGACCACGAUGCAGCACGUGAAGCCCAUUUGUGAUGACUCGGGUGCUGUCCACAAGUAUGCAUACUCGAGGCACACGGCAAACCAAGUUAUCUGCCCUCCAAAGAUAAUUGCUCCAGCUGCCCUGAGGGAAGUCUUCCAUCAGAAGGCUCUUUUGUUUUAUGAUACACCCACAGGGAGCUACAUAGUGGUGCUCAUCCACAUGCCGUUUGGUCAGCUAUCCUUUGCAAGGGUAGGGGACGAUAAGUGGACCUGGCUGCCACCUCACACUAAUUAUUUUGACUGCACCUACAAGGAUGGGCUAUUGUAUGCAGUCACUCUAAUGGGAGAAAUUCACACCUUUGAUCUUAGUGAGCCUGAUGUUACAAUGAACAUUAUUAUAGGUGUGGAUGAUGACGAUUUUGAGAUUCAGGGAGCAUACAUUCUUGAAGCUCCAUGGGGUGGUUUGCUGCUUAUUUGGAGAUUGAAAGUGUAUAGUGGUAAUCCUGAUGAUAUUUCAUCACUUACACUGCACACCAAAGGAAUUAAAAUACAUGAGGUUGAUGUUGCUGCCAAGAAGCUUGUGGAAAUUGAUUGCCUGCACGGCCAUGUGCUGUUUCUUGGUCAUAACCAGUCACUCUGUCUCAGCACUAAAGAAUGCCCUGCUCUCAAGGAAAAUCGUGUCUACUUUACUGACGAUAAUGAGUACAUAACUGAACAUAAGGAUAAUCGUCGCGAUAUAGGACUACUUCGCUUGGGUAAUAAUAGCUGGGAAAGCCUUGUGUUUCCUCAGCUUUGGUCCAACUGGCCUGCUCCUGUGUGGAUUACACCCAAUCUUACAAUGAUGAAACUGUCGUUAAAUAAGUAGGCCGGCUUCAAGAAGGCUUAAUAAGAUGCUCGCCUAGGUGCAUGUAGGCAAGCUGGAGGGCCGAUUGCAUUGCUUAGGACUAUGUGCAGGAGUAGGAGGAGGCUGGUUUCGACAACACAAUUACAAAUUCUGGCAUCAAAUGGCUGAUGAUUCAGGAGGCUGUAUCGUGCUGUUAAGUUAUCAUUUAUCAAGUGUUUAAGCUUCAUGGACGUGUUUGUUCUAUCAUGUGUGGGACUCUGGAAAUUUAUCAUGUCUUGUGACUGAUGUGUGUGUGUGGUUGUGUCUUUUUAUGACUUCUGGGAGAAGUCAGAGAAAUAAGAACUUUGUUAUGCU